AUGGCGAGGCUAGCACUAGCACUGUGCUGCAUCGUUCUCAGUCUAGCAUGGAGGUCUCAUGCUGCUGACGACGCCGCAACGUUCUUCGGCAGUUUAGGAGGAUCUGGAUCGGAUACAGCGCCAUCCGGAUCGGAUACAGCGCCGCCUGCAUCCGGAUCGAAUGCAGCGCCGCCUGCAUCCGGACUCACUCCGCGGUGGCGUUUAUUGUUUCAAGGGCUAUACGUAGCCAGACGGGGAAGGUGUUCUCCACAUCCUCCCAACGAUCAGUGCAUUUGCCCUCAUCAUUACUCUCCUGUUUGCGGCAGUGACCGUACAACAUACAACAACGAAUGUCGGCUGCGAUGCGCACAGAGAUACAACCCAGGUCUGUAUAAGGAUCAAGACGGAGCAUGUGGCAAUAACCAAGACUGUACAUGCCCCGAGAACUACCGUCCAGUCUGUGGAAGCGAUGGCAAAACAUACAGCAAUGAUUGUAAGCUGACAUGUGCCAAGAGAUAUAUUCCAGGCUUGUACAAGGAUGGCGAUGGAGUAUGUGGCGGUAACCAAGGCUGCACAUGUUCUCAGAACUACGACCCAGUUUGUGGAAGCGAUGAAAGAACAUACGGCAACGAAUGUGAGCUGAGAUGUGCCAAGAGACGUAACACAGGUCUGUACAAGAAUCACGACGGAGCAUGUGGCAAUAACCAAGGCUGCUCCUGCCCUAAGAACUACAAUCCUGUCUGUGGAAGCGAUGGCAAAACAUACAGCAACGAUUGUAAACUGACAUGUGCCAAGAGAUAUAAUACAGGCUUGUACAAGGAUUACGAUGGAGCAUGCGACAGUAAUCAAGGUUGCACAUGCCCCGAGAAUUACAAUCCUGUCUGUGGAAGCGAUGGUAAAACAUACAGCAACGAUUGUAAGCUGACAUGUGCCAAGAGACAUAACACAGGCCUGUAUAAGGAUCACGACGGAGCAUGUGGCAAUAACCAAGGCUGCUCAUGCCCUAAGAACUACAAUCCUGUCUGUGGAAGCGAUGGCAAAACAUACAGCAACGAUUGUAAACUGACAUGUGCCAAGAGAUAUAAUACAGGUCUGUACAAGGAUUACGAUGGAGUAUGCGACAGUAAUCAAGGUUGUGUUUGCACUGAUAACUACGACCCAGUCUGUGGAAGCGAUGAAAGAACAUAUGGCAACGAAUGCGAACUGCAGUGCGCAACGAGAACAAAUUCCGGGCUUUACCAAGUUAGUCGCGGAGCAUGCUCAGUAAAUCCUCCCCACGAAGAAUGUAUUUGUACGACUCCAUACGACCCUGUUUGCGGCAGUGACAGUAUCACCUACAGCAGCAGCUGCCAGCUACGAUGUGCACAGAGACGUGAUUCAGCUCUCUACCAGCUGUCCCAGGGCAGGUGUGGGAAUAAUGAGCCGCAUGUCUGUGUAUGUGCCCCUACGCUGAUAUACGCUCCUGUCUGCGGCACUGAUGGUAAAAUCUAUAGCAGCCAUUGUGUUCUUCGAUGCGCACAGAGAACUCGGCCACAUCUGAGUGUGCGACAUCAGGGACCCUGCCUCCUCAUCUAACUCGCCUGGAGACAUGCUAAUGGCCUGCAUGUCAUGAGCAUCAUCUAUCGUGUUAGUUAUAAGUUAAAGCUCAUACCCGCAAAAAGUAUAUAUUAACCAUAUAGAAAUACAGAAAUGGUCUAACCUAGGUGGUAAUUCCAUCAAACAAAAAACUAACGCUACCAGGCUGUCGUGGUGGCAGAUUUCAGCCAAGGAAAUCAUGUAUAUCUAUUAGGUUGGGUACCAAGAGCUACCUGGAUUCUUAUCUCACUCUAUAUUAAAUGUUAUGAAUGUUAAAAAUUAUAUUAUUAAACUAUAUUUAAAAAAUAAAUAAAAAUGAAGUAUUUUAUGACAAUACCCACACAGUAACGACAAUCCUCAAAAUAAAGAUAUCUUUAAUUAUAAACCGUCAA